AUGAGCCACUGCGCGGGGUCCGGGACCGUCUUGGGCGCGAGCAGGGCCCCGAGCACCCCCCGCAGCUCCUCGCCCUCCUCGCGUGCGGGGAAGGGGUCGCGCUCCAGGACAAAGGCCUCCAGCCUUGGGCGGCUGAGGUCGGGGUUCCCUUCCCAGUGCGCCCGCAGUCGGACGCGGAGGACGUGGCAGAGGUGGUCCUGGAAGGAGGGGUCGUACAGGGGGCCCCCCCCCGGUUUUCAUGGCGGCCGGGCUCGCGCCGAGGUAGGGGCAGGGCCCCUUCCAAAGCACCCACAGCGCAAGGCCCGUCAGCAGCGUCGUGGGGUCCCGUUCGAACUGCGCCUCACAGGCCUUCGCGAAGGCGUCGUUCGCCUUGGGGUUCCCCGCCAGCGGGAAGGGCCUGUCCCCGGGGACCCCAUCGCCUGUGGAGGCUUCGGCCACCCGAACCAGGGGUUUUUCGCGCCCGCACUGGAGAAUAACCUGCAUGAAGGCAUCGGGGUCAAAUUCGCCCUCCGUCGGCUUCACCAUAAAUUCGGAAAUUUCUAA